AUGGAAGAUCCUGUUAGCUCCACAAUUGAAAAGAUAAAACUUCAAGAACAAGAUAAAGAAGCGAAACUCAAAGAAAAGCGCGAACUUGAAGCUACUAUUGCAACUCUUAACAAAGCCAUCCGCGAGGCUGCAGCACAUGCGGAAAAAUCUGAACAAGGACGAGAGAAUCUCACUCAGAGCACAGAUUCUCUACGUAGACAGAAAAUGCUGGAGGAAUGCCGUCGCGAUGCAUUGUCCGCCCAGUUAAACUCGCUCAAAAAUGAGCUCAAAGUGUUGCAAGCUAAAUCUAGCACAGAGAUAUCUAAGGUGUGGCAAAUGCGAUCAUUGUUUUGUAAGGAAGUCCACAAUGCUGCUGACGCUUGUGAUGUUUGGACUCUAUUAAUGAAGCCGGGGUGUGCGGAACCUGUGUCCCGAAAUGUCCAGAUGAAGGCUGAGAUGCCUACAGGCUCAGAGAAUGAAAAUAGAUUACAGGCUGCUAUUGAAAGGCGGGUCAAGAGCUUGACUGAGAGAGAUCGUUUAGCCACCGAACCCGAUAAUGGAGAAGAAUUUUUAAGAAGUUACGUAAAACCAAAUGGAUUCCUUAGAAUAUUACGUCCCUUCAGUACAGAGAUCAAAGAGAGUGAACCCAUAAAAUUUUCCACAAGUCAGGCAGCCAAACGGACCAUGCCCUCUGUAUUUCGAAAUAAAAAUAUAGAUAGCAUGCCUUGGUAUCAACCAUACAUUGUUGUGACCAGUGUUGCUGUCUUUUUGAUUUAUUUCUGUGUUCUGCGAGAAGAAAAUGAUGUUGAUCAGGAGUUCUCCAAAACAUUGUAUGAACGAAUCAAGGGCUUAGAAAAGGAACAAUUGCUACAGAGCUACAAAUUCAACAAAGAACAUGGACAUAGUGUUAUUGAGAUUGAAAAAAGACUCGAAGAAAUAAAAGCGGAGGAGGCAAAACUUGCAGUGUAGUUUAAGAUAAAUGUUGAUCUAGUAGACUUAAUUUAUAUUAUUUAAAGAGUAUUAAAAAAUAUAACAAAC